GUCCUGAGCGUGGUGCAGGCAGAGCAGAAAUUAUUGCACAAAGCAGAGUCCUGUGGCCAGAGGAGAUUUCAGCAGGCAGGAGGAGGGCGGGGAGUGGAGGACACGCUCUGUAAUUGAGGAUCAGACUCCUGGGCUCUGCCUCUCCAUCCACACGGGAGCUGCUCCCUGCCGGGCUCCAGAGCAUCCCCUGCCCCGCACAGGGAGCUCUGGGACUGGGGAUGGAUGUGAAGAGCACCCCAAGGUACCUGUACUGGCUCUUCUGCCAGUUUGAGCUGAUCACCUGCAGUUACCUGAUGGAGCCCUGGGAGAAGGUGCUCUUCUACUCCUUCAACCUGGCCAUGCUGGGGCUGCUGCUCUACACCACCUAUGUGUGCCUGGCUUUCCACGCCAGCUCGGCCUUCCAGCUCCUCUGCAGCUUCCUGGGAAACCCACGGGAAAAUUCUCUUUCUGUGGUGAAGUAAAACCUCAGCCUGCCUUGGGCAUCAAAGAGUUUCCUUAUCCCAUUUUUGUCCAGGAGCAGCAAACUCUGCUUUAUCCUCUCUUCGUGUUUUGCUCUGACAGGAAAUUAUUUUUGCUCCAAUCAAUCCCUGUUUUUACUCUUUGAUUCUUCAAGAGCUUUCAAUUUUAGUGACCCACUGGAAUUACAGAGCUGGGAUUGGGACAGGAACAACCCCCUGAAGAUUUUGUUAUUCCAGGGCACAGGAACAACCCCCCUGAAGAUUUUGUUAUUUUGGGGAAAGGAACAACCUCCCUGAAGAUUUUAUCCCAGGGAAAGCUGUUUGGAUAUGGGAAGUUUCCAUCUGGAGAAACGAGACAGCAUGGAUUUGUUCUUGUCUGCCAGAAGAGAUGUGCACACAAAAAUCCUGGACGAGUGGGAGCUGCUUCCCUGAGCUUGCUGUGUUCUUAUGGAAUGAUUUCAGGAUUUAUUCAGUCUCCUUGAUUGUUUUAUACAAUGAAUUACUUGGCUGGCUUGUUAUCAUGGUGCAAACAAUGCCACUGAUUCAUUAAAAAUGUGAGGAUGUGCUGCUGUGAAAAUUUCUGAUUAAAUUCUCAGAUUCUUGGGCUUUAUAAAACCAGAUAGUCUUUAGAAGAUGAGUAAAUCACAUGCAUCAUAAAGAGAAUAUAACACUACAGAGUCACUUGUGGUUGGGUUUCAGUUGAAAAUAAACCCCUAAACAUAUAAAAAUACAA